AUGCAUUCGGACACUGUUGGAGAUAUCGACCUGAAACCUUCGCAAGAGGGUGGGAUGCUGGGUUCAGGAGAACCUGGAGGACAUGACUCUCCUCUAAUUUCUGGAUCAGAGGAAGAUGACUAUGAUGCAUUGAAUGAUGAGACUUUUGGUGGUGAUGCAUUGAAUGGGGACUGGGAAGAGGAUCAUGAGAAAUUGGCCGAGGUGAUUGAAUUGGGAAGGGGAGCAGAGUUCCCCUUAUCUAGAAAAGAGGAUGGAAGUGAAGACAGGACAGAGAAAAUGGUUGCAAUGAGAAGGAAUUUUGAUGAGGAGGAAGAGGAGAGAAGAAGAGGGUCAAGGAAGGAGAUGGAAGAGUUUGAAGAUGGGUUUAUUGCAGCAAGCAUUCAGCAGUUAGUGCUUGAUGAUGACUUGGAUGACCCUGCCAUCAUGAACAAGAAGCCAUCUAUGCCACGCCCUAUCCCCUUUCCCAAGGAUGGGGGAAGUCGGGGGUUGUCACCCCCACCAUCAGGCUUAUUUGGGUCCCCUCACCAGCCAAGCAUUUGGGCCAUGGACCAGAGGGCAUCACCAAGUCUGAGUCUCAGCUCAUCCCUUGAUGACCCCUGCAUCAUCAAGGCAGGCACCAAGUAUCCCAUCUCAUUCCCAACCCCAUCUUCACGUGCCCCACUAUCUACUAGCCUUCCAAAGGUGCUUCCCAACAUGCGGACAGUGAGUGAAGUGGAGAGGGAGGCCCUCAGUCCCAGUCGACAGUUGGUCCACCCAGGAUUCCCAUCUCAAACACCUAAAGUGCGAACACUGGAUGAUGUGGAGCGGAGCAUGUUGGAGCGAUCUCAAGGGCCCCGUCCUCCAAUGCCACCCAUGGUUUUCCCUCCCAACCUUCCCCCACCCCCGGGUUCUCUUCCAUUCCUCCCGCCAAGACUCCCACCUCAUGCCAUCAGCCCCAUGAGGCCUCCUCAUGAAGCCUUGAUGGGACAAGGGGAGAGGAUGGAGAGCUGGAGAAUGAGAGGAUACCAGCAACAGCGCCCUUUGCUGCAGCUGCGAAAUGGGGCUCCAUGGUCCCCUCAUAGCUGGAAGAAUGAGCAUAUCCUGGACCACAAUGGAGAUGAGAGACCUGAGCCAAGAGAGAAAGAGUGGGAUGAGUACAAGGGACUCAUGACCUUGAAGGAGCAGACAUGGCUAGUCAACAUCCAACUCACUCAACUUGCAACUAAUGACCCUUACACUGAUGACUAUUACAUCAAUCAUUAUGUGGCAAAGCGGCUGGCAGAACAUGGGAAUGGGAUGGAAGAAGCAGUAUCACCGUCCCUCCUAUCAACCCCAGAGGAAGGGAAGCAUUCAGAUCAGAAUCGUGUGUACACUCCUCCCAAGAUGGAGAACUCUCUUGGGCGCCUCCAGGUGGCAAGUGCAAUGGCUCCAAGACGCAUUAUUGACCUUGCCACUGUCUCCUCGCACUCUCAGCACUCCCUCCUUUUGGAAAUUGAGAAUUAUUACAAUGCCUUGCUGGACCUGGAGUCCUAUGAUGAUCGCCUACGUGCAAUCCAAGAUGGCCCACUGCGAGACAACAUUCGGGUGCAGCGCACCGAAUUCGCAGAGAAGCUGACCCAGCGCUUUGCACUCAAGAGCAUCCAGAGUUUACUCUUGGUGCGGAAAGGAAAAAACCUGGUGCUGCGGCUGGCAGGGCUUCUUCCUAGCUCAUUCCGUCGUCUUGUCCUUGAGGCCUUCCUGUUGGGAUUCUCCCCGAUUGCCAAGAGGGAUUCCGGGGACAAGAUCCUGCCCAGGUUCCUCAUCCCAUUAAAGAAGGCUCUCUUAGAUUCCACCCUUUCUCAACUCAUUGCUCUCCUCAAAGCUGCCAUUGACAAGGACCAUCUAGAAGACAUGCUCAUGCAUCAGCUAGGGAUAUCUCUGGUGCUGCUGAUCCUGGUCACUGUGGAAGACGUGUUAAAAAACGGGAGCGGAUGCCCGUGCCCGACGCUUCUCGCGGAUUGGGAAGUGGCUGUGGGAAGGGUUGCUCAAACGAUCGCAUCGUCUGCUAGUAUCGCCCAACCCUUGGAUCUCUCCGUUUCUCUGGCUGCCGAGGUCUUCCACCGUCGUGUCGCCAUCGAGAAGAACGUCCUGGAUGGCGUUCAGGAGAAACUUCAGAAGGUUCUCUGACGGCUUGCAUCUUUCCGGAACAUCCGACCUUACUUGGCGAUUGGGUCUCGGGUCACACCUCCUUGGGGAAUCCUUUCCUUCGCAGAAGAUCGUUUAUCCUUUUGAGUUCUUUUUUCUUGUCUGCUUAUUUAAGUGAACAGCACACACUAGAAGUUUACCCUUUUUGUUUCUGUACUUCCCAUCCCUUAGCAAGAACGGUUCAUGUGGUUUUUCAUGUAAUUUUCUUCAUUCAGAUGGAAACACCAAGAGGCCUACGAAUUAUGUUACUCAGAUUCGAUUUUGUUAUAAUGUAUUCAUUCAGGAGAGAUGAGUUCUUGUUCUCUUUGUCCCUCUCCCUCCAACUGAAAAACUCCUGUCACAUGAGAAGCAGUCAUUCCGCUACCCCUGAGAUGCCUACCAGCUAUCAGGAUGCAAAAAAAAUCACUUAUGGUAAUUGAAGCAACUCUUUGGCAAAAUUGUCCCUCCAUUCUCUUCUCCUCUAUUGUCCUUCAAUGCAACUGGGAAUAAAUGAAAGCCUUGCUUA